GCGACUUAUCUGCCGUUUCGUCCCUUCUCACUGGCCCGUCUUAACAUCAUUGAGGUAAAUAGUGACAGGUCGACCAACUGAGGAAGGCUUCGCUCCUCUUCACUGAAUCCGAAAGACCCCGGGAUAAGUCAUCGCUGCUUUGAAACCCAUCGCCAUGACAAGUGGGACCGAAGCAAGAUGACCUUCUCGGCCAUCCCAGAAAGUAACCCGUCCUCUUCGCCACGAGGCCACAGUCAAAGCGAAAGGGACUCGUCCAACCGCAAAAAGCGCAAGGGUCCCCGUCUCGCCCACCGCAAGUCCAGGACCGGAUGUCAGCGAUGUCGCGCCCGACGAGUAAAGUGUGAUGAAGCGCGACCUGUGUGUCGCGACUGCCAUCGUCAUGGGAUCCCCUGUGUCUAUGACAGGCCCGCGGAGGAAAUCCAAUCUCGCCCACUCCAGCCCAGUUCAUCGGAUCCCAGUAAUAUAGAGUUGCGCUUGUUGCAUCAUUUUACCCUAUUCGCCAGUGCCACUCUGCCUGGGGCCCAAUUGAAGCGUGUCAAAGACUGUUGGUCGAUCGACGUGCCUCGACUCGCAUUCGGUUAUAAGCCGCUCCUGCACGCCGUCUUCGCAAUCUCGGCCCUGCAUCUGUCCAAAGCCAAUCCAAACGAAGCUGGCUUGCUGGACAUCCACUGCAACUUCCUCGAGCAGGCUUUGCGCGAACAUCGACUCUGUAUCGGCGGCAUAACUACGCAGACCGCGGAUGCGGUGUGCUUUACAAGCAUCCUGUUACAGGUCGACGUAUUUGCUACCUUACAGAAUCAUACUGUUGUUUCGUCCGAGCACGUCAGUGAAUGGAUGCGUCUAUUGCGCGGGUCGGUCGCUGUCUUUGACGCGGCCUUGGAGAUUGCGAGGCAUGAUACUCAUCCCGCGAGUAUCUGGUGUAUUAUUGAUACCUUUCCUAUACCCUUGCGGACGAGUUCUGAUGCUGGGGCAUUUUCCUUCCUGCUUCCGACUGCGCCCGACGACGAGGACAACGACAUGGCGCUAGAAGCAUAUCGAGGGGCCGUCGCGCAUAUCAACGCCACCUGGCUGGCCAUGGAAGCAAAGGAACAUCCGCAAGUCACCUGUCGCCGGAUCAUGGUCUUCCCGUUGUUUGUGAUAACCGAAUUCAUGGACCUCCUCGAGAAGAGGAGACCUCGUGCUUUGGUGGUUCUAGCCUACUUUCUCGCCUUGUCGGCACCAUUACGCGACAUAUGGUGGAUCGGAGACGCUGCACACAAAUACAUCAUGGCUCUUCAACCAACCCUUCCUGCUCACUGGCAACGCCUAAUGUCCUGGCCAGUAGAGAUGAUUAUAUCUUGUGCACCACAGCAAACACAAGCCGCUACUCCGCCUGGGAGAUCUUCUCCAACCGCCACUGGUGCGGCGAGCUCGAGUCUAAUGUGGCCGUGACCUGCGAGCACAUUUUCUGUAUAUAUGUGCUCUACCAACAAAUCGACCCCGACGAAGGCAGCCAAUACCGCCAAUGGCUGCUCUCGCAGCAAAACGCCGAAGGCUCCUGGGGCAUCGCGCCUAACUACCCCGGCGACGUCUCCACAAGCACAGAGGCAUACCUAGCCUUGAGAAUCAUAUUGCAUGAGGCCU